GGUCAAUUCCAUGAAGCUGAUGCUCUUGGCCACUGGACAUGCCUGUCUCUUAUUGGUGUUAGCACCUGCGCCUCUAUGCACAUUUUUUUUUUUUUUACCUUUAUUUUACCUUGCAAGUCAACUAAGAACAACUUCCCAAAUAAAAUAACGGCCUGGCUGGAGUGAAAAGGCCUCCUGUAGAGAAGGAGUGUUGGGAUUAGAUAAAAAGAGACAACACAGACAGAAGACACAGACAGCACACACAGAGAACAGACACAGACAACAGACACAUACAAACAGCACAGGAACCAAAAUACAUUAAAACUAACCACAAAAAGAGACGCCUCUAAACUAUAACAGAAAGACACAGGCAACUCAGCCGGACAACAACACAUGCAAAACACUGGAAGAGGACAAUAUAAAACUAUACAGUAGGUCAACAACACAUGCAAAACACGGACCUGGAAGAGGACAAGAUAAAACUAUACAGUAGGACAACAACACGUUUCUAACAUGUAGAUAAAGUCAACAACAGGACAACCUGGCAGAAACACAGUGAACAGGUGUCAGUAAAUGUGUUAGGGUCUGUGUCUUCAGAAGUAUCCAUAAGGGCUAACUGUUUGUUGUAGUUGAUUCCAGUAGAUUCUAGGUGGGGCAAACUAUAAGGAGGAAAGACCCAAAGAGGUGCAUGUUUAGGUAAUUUUAACUGGAUGAGACUAAGAUCUUGGACUGAAUCAGGGUAAACUAAGCAGAUUAGGCAAAGGACCGAACGAUUACAGUGGUGAAAAGCUUUAACCUUUACAAAGAAAUGAAGACUUGGCACUGUGAACAUUGCUCUGUUGGGUUUGAUUGAAUCACAGUCCUGUUGUAACACGGUACAGGCCUGUCUGUGUGGAAAAGAGAUGAUGUCACUCAACAGAUUUGCAUUUAAAUAGCUGAUUGUUGAUCAAACAGAGACUUUGACCACAGAUCAGGGUUUUGGGUGUGAGUGACUGGAUUGGUGAAGAACAGUAAAAUACCUUCUUUAGUCCACUGUUUUUAUUAAACAAGUGGCACAGGCAAGAUCCUUUCUGGAAGAGGCUUGAACAGUGUUUGAGAGUCAGGUAAGACAGGAAAAGGUGAGCCAAAAUGUUAGCAUGCGAUGGAUUUGAAACCACCCCGACCGUGUAGUUUCUCCUUGAAUCAUCAAGGUGGUCAAACAUCUCUGAAUUUAAUCAUUAGCAUGUAAGGCUUGUCACGCUUAUCAACAAGUAAUCUUGGUUAACCCAGAAAUAGUCUUGCAUCAUCUGGUCAGAUGCUCCUCAAGAAAUUGAUUUGUCAGUGGUGGGGCCGUAGACAUAAAAGGAGAGUUUAAACUCAACACCAUACCGUCUCUAGAGUACCUCAGAAAACAGGCCUCACUUGUCUCAUCCAAUCCCAUCCAACUCCAGGCUGCAACUCAAACAAGACAGAUUCACACAACAUGCCCUCCCCAAUGGAGCUGGAACUGAAGAAUGUGGAGCUGCAUGCUGGCGAUCGUGUCCAAGUGAAGGGGAAGAUUAUGCAUGAUGCAGAGAGGUUCCAAAUCGACCUUGGCUCUGACACCAACAACCUGGCUCUGCAUUUCAACCCACGUUUUCCCAAUGACACCGGCGAAGCAACGCUGGUGUGCAACUCAAAGGAUGGCGGCUGCUGGGGUGCCGAGCAGCGAGAGAAACAUCUGAACCUCCAGAGGGGCUCAUUGGUCAAGAUCGUCCUGAAGCUGAUGGGAGACAUGUUUGAAGUGGAGUUGCCUGAUGGAAAGGAGUUUCAGUUCCCCAACCGUCACGGCCUGGAUGUCAUUACCUAUGUUCGGGUCCGAGGGGACUUCAAGUGCACCUGCUUUAAGAUCUGUUAAGGAAGGCUGCGAUGUUGAUGUUGUGUAGCCUCGCUACAAGGGGACACCCGGCAUUUUGAGAUUUUCUUUAGACGUCCAGUAGAUUGUGGAACCAAACAAAAGCAACGAGAGUGGGCGGAGCUACCUAUCGUGGAGAACGUUUAACCAAUGUAUGUUCAGCCAUUUUUCAACGGCCUUUAUCAGAAAUGGGAUAGUGUCUGAAAUAUAUCUUUUUUUAAUUAUAAUGAUCUCAUUGUGUUAUAUAUUUUUUCUUAUGGACCGCGUAAGCGCUAUGUUGAAAUUGCAAAAAUGUAUUGUUUUUGGAAAAAUACAUGCCCAUGUAGAAUUUGAUUCCAGCAACAUGU